AUAAUUUGCUAAAUAAGGAAGGGAGAGGAAGUGUGAAGUUUAUUUUGGACCUACCCAAAAAGGAAAGUGUGAAUUUCAUUUGGGAUCGGAGGGAGUAUACAAAAAAGCCUUUUGUACACACUCUUAUACACACUUUUGUACACACCUAUAUUUGUGAAAGGUUUUUUUUUGUCUGUGAACAUCGACUCACAGAUAGGCUUGGACCCGGACCCGGCCCGGACCCGAGUCCAACCCUACUCACAGACAAUGUUUUGCACAAACAAAAUAUUGUCUGUGAACCGGAUUCACAGACAAAAAAGCUUCACAAACAUGGUGUGUAUAAGGUGUGUACAAUGGUGUGUACAUCAAGCAGUUUUGCGAUAUAUAUUCCCUCUCCCUAAUUUCUUCCGAUUUUCUUUUCACAGUCCAAUUUUCACUUUCCUUUUUUCGUUAAAGAAUUGAUGGUUCACAAUAUUUAUUACACACUUCUUAACUACACAUUUUCUACUUUUUUAAUCCGAGUCAAAUGUAAUUUAGAAGAUAC